AUGGCGUCCAAUCCACAAGACCCUCUUCUUGGGGUUGUUGAAAGACAAUCGGAACCGAAGAGGCGCCGACGAACAGGCAGAUCAGCGUUCAAUAGCGCUGAACUCCACAAACGCUUUGAGCAGCAUGUGGCAAAGGCACAAAAUCUUUUUCUCCAGGGCGACAAAGAUGGAGCGGAACGAGAGGCGACGCUGGCAUUGCGUAUUCAUCCCACAGAUCACCUAUUUGCCCUUCUUGCUGUCAUUGCCGAGUCUAAAGGGCAUCGCGAUCGGGCCAGUGACUUUCGACUGCUGCAGGCAUUUCUAGCAAACGAUACGGUGCUGUGGGAGGAGCUGCUGCAUGAGUUCUUGCAGGAGCAGCUGUAUUAUAAAUCUGCGGUAUGCUUGCAAAGGUUAUCUGCGUUAGAAACAAAGGAUAAAACGCGCUACCGUACAUUACAACUGCAACUAGCUGACCUGUACAUUGGACUCGGAGAGGUGAAGCGGGCGGCGAACAUUCUAAUUCCACUCUGGAAUGGGAGUCGUUGUCGUGAUUUUGAAGUAUUUGCAUUGCUCUCGUCUCUUUUCUUUCAGCUUGGCCGGUGGAACUCUCUGCACCGCUUGAUUGAGUCGAGUCUGAAAAGUGCCUUCCGUCCCACUCCUGCGAUAGAGGCGGAGAGAAAACAGCUUGACCCUUCCGCUGCAGAUACCGGUGUAGGAGGCACAGCCACCUACGGCGGCGAAGGUGAGGUCGGUACCGUCGCAUCCACAACAAAGCGGAGAACCUCGAAGCGGGUGCGCUUCUUUGGCAUUGACGACGAUAACGAUGCAGAUAUUAAUAAUAACAACAACAACGACACUACGGAAGUGGGGGAGAAGGAGCAGCAUAAGGAGGGGACAAGCUACGCGUCUGCUAGCGUUUCUGCAUCUGCUGUGCCAGUGGAAGGGAUGGCAAAGGAGGAGGAGGAGGAGGAUGAUUUUGACUUCUCGAACAUGACAGGUAGUAGCGGAGCUCCUCCAACAAAGACGGUUGUAGAUACGACCCCAUCGGCGGUGGUACACUCCCUCUACGGCGACACCAUUGAACUUCAGACACCGACGGCCAAGAAGAACUUCCUCACCCUCGUGAAUGUGCACGCGGAGUUACUCAAUGAAGAGGGGCACUUUCUUGAUACAGUGCGACUCAUGGAGUUCACUGCAGGUUGUAUGCAGGUCCAGCUACUGGAGCUUCCGCCCGACUUACUUGUUCGUCUCGGUGUGGCGUAUGCGUACCUGGGUGGCCUCGAGCAACAGUGCCGUGAGGUGUUCCACCACAUAGUCGACACCUGCCCCAUGGCAGAGUACGGCGAUGUGCUCUACGACGCUGCCAACGCGCUGCAACAGGUUGGGCUGCACACCGAGGCCCACCUGAUCUUUCAGACUCUUCGCCGCUACCACGAGUUCCGCCUCUCAAGCAGCGGAAGCACCGCCGAAGGUGACGCCGAUGUGGAUGCGGAGGAGAUGUCGGAGGUGAAAACCGUUUUCGCUGCGGCGCUCUUCGCAGAGGGCCAGUGUGAGGCUUCAUUGGGCAACACAGAGGUGGCCUACAACGACUUCCUCCGCGUGCUGCAGGUGGAGCCGACACAUCUGCAAGCACGUCUUGCCCUUGGCCGCAUGUACGUGUACGAACUCAAGGACACGGAUCAGGCGGUAGUGGUCCUCACUCCACGCGAGGACGAGCCGCCGCUGGAGCGGAUUCAACUCGGCGCGGAGCUCGUGCGCGUCUUUGCGCGGGCAGAGAAGUACGUGGAGGCCAUUGCACUCGGCGUCUCCAUCUUCGAGCUUAUCCUCUCUGGAGAAGAAGACGGUGAUACGGAGUCCGUUGCACCCGGUUCGUCGAGGCGCAGCAGCGCACCGUUGUCGAUGCCGACUCUGUCGCGCGCAAGCUCCGCCAUUAUUCCACCAUCUGCCAUAUCCGAAAUCGUUAAUGGACCACGUCUGACAAGUAUGGCGGCUUCCUCGAUGGGACGCCUCUCACACACACUUGCCACGUCCAUCAGGGCUGCGAGCGCCACGUUUCGCUCCAACUUGGCCCGCCGCGGGAGUGCACCACUGACAAACUCCAUCUAUGGCGCCUCCGCAGCAGCGUCAACAGCAGCGGGGUGGGCACGCGCCGAUGAGGAGGAGCGGCUCAAAGACAGCUCGACAAUCUUCCGCUUUCAUCGCCAGAACAAACCAACAAAGCGGCCCCGCCAUGCGGGGGACAAGGAGGAGAAUAGCACCAAAAAGAACAACACCAACAACAUCGAAAAAAGUGAGGAUGUGGAGGAAGAUGGACAGCUCGCGAAGAGGCGGCGACGCGUCGAAGAGGUAACACAUCUCGGGGUAGAGUCCUUCUGGAAGGAGUCUGACGAAGAGAAAGGCAAGGACAAGGAAGCUUCGGGUGUCAAGACCGAAAAGGAGGAUGAGGCAUGUGGUGACAAGGGGCAUAAAGUGAAGGAGGAGGGGUUGGACGAACGGGAUCUCACCGAGUUGGAGGAGGCACUGCGUGAUGUAGGGGAGGAUGACGACAACGGCACCGCCGCGCACUACGAACUCCCCUCUCUCGAAGAAGUGAGCAAGCAGUUUAACGACCCGGCAAUGCGAGAACUGUUCAUGCAGGCAUCUACCAAUGACGCACCUGUGGCGCCACAUAAUCCAUGGGACCCUAGCGGAGUUGCACCCGUUGCUGCUGCUGCCCCUGCAGCCUUGCCUCUAGAUGCCGGCGGCCUUAAUGUUGGUGAGGGAGGUGGUAGUAGUGGCUUAAAUUUUCCACCAGCGCCCUCUAGCAUGCGAGUGACGGUUCGAGACGCAUUAGGGGUCCUUGGACGGGCCGGAUUUGUCGAGCUCGCCGUCACUGUGAUUGACUGCUACACCGCAAUUGGAAAGUUCACGGAGGCAAAGGAGUUUGCAUUUGUCAUCCUCACCAGGUGCCCGCGGACGAGCAUAUUUCGCCACGUCGGUGCCCUUGAGCGGCCGCUCCGCUGGGCCGUGCUGCGUGCAGCGUUGGCAUCACAGGAAAGCGAGGACGCCUACCGCGUGGGCAUCCGUCUUCUCCAAGAGCAAUGCAGUGAGGAAGAAAAAAAUCGUGUGGUUGAGCUGCUGUUCAGUGUGUUGAACCGCGUGGAGGAUGGCAGCGCCAUUCUGCUCCGCCUUGUCGCAGACCGCAACCAAGCUGACCCACCAAUGCUUAUCCUGCUCGGGAAUCGCUACUUCCUUCGCCGUUCGUACAUACGCGCACUCAACUUGUACCUUGCUGCCCUACAAAAGCGCCCCAACGACGUCCUUGUUUGCUUUCUAGUGGGUCUGUCGUACAUGCUCAUCAGCCACCAGAAGAAGAUACGGGCGCGGGACGCCUGUGUGGUUGCUGGGUGGCAUUAUCUCGCUAGGUAUCAAGAAACGGUGUGCGCUAUUGAUGCGCAGCGCCUGGGAGAGGCGGUGUACAACUGCGCCAGAGCAUUCCAGUACCUCGGCUUGCACCACCUCGCCAUUCCACUGUAUGAGCAGGUAGCAUACGAGUACAGUGUUCCUGAGCAAUGUACGCUGGCUCUGCAGCGGGCCGCAAGAUGGAAUCUAUACUUUACGUAUCGGUGGCGCACGGGAAACGCGGCACUGGCGAUAGCUGCAUUGCAUCCAAAGAGGUGA